AUGUGGGUUCCCUGUGCUAUUCGAGGCCAUAUUCGAUUCGGCGGACCACCUACGGUCUCGCAUCACCUUCUACAGAAGUUUCGGAGUCUCCCUGUUCGCACCGCAAGCACGUAUGCCAAUGCCAACCAGCCGUCUAAGAAGCUAGACCUUCUAGCCAUUGAUAAAAGAUGGAAAGAAUUAUGGGAGGGCAGGGAGGCUUCGGUUCGAUUGAUGAGCAGCAGCAAGGAAAAGGCCUACGUGCUGCCCAUGUUCCCCUACCCAUCCGGAACCUUACACAUGGGUCAUGUUCGAGUGUACACGAUAUCCGACGUUCUAGCUCGGUUCAAACAGAUGAAAGGCUAUGAUGUUCUACAUCCUAUGGGAUGGGAUGCUUUUGGGCUCCCCGCUGAAAAUGCUGCCAUUGAACGAGGGAUCCAUCCCGAAGGCUGGACAAAACAAAACAUAGCGAAUAUGAGGAAUCAGUUGAAAGAUUUGGGUAUACGAUUCGAUUGGGAUACGGAAGUUAUGACUUGCUCGCCUGAGUUUUACAAACAUACCCAGAAACUGUUUUUAAUGCUUCACGAAAAAGGCCUUGCGUACCAAGCGGAAGCCGUUGUGAAUUAUGAUCCCGUUGACAAAACAGUUUUGGCAAACGAACAGGUUGACUCCAAUGGAUGCUCUUGGAGGUCUGGCGCGAAAGUCGAAAAACGGGAGUUAAAACAGUGGUUUUUCCGGAUAACUGCUUUUAAAGAAGCAUUGCUUAAGGACCUCGACUCAUUAUCUGGCAGCUGGCCGGAUAGGAUUCUGACAAUGCAAAGACACUGGCUAGGAAAGUCGCGAGGUGCCCUUGUCCCAUUUACGUUAUCAAUUCCGGGAGAAACUCUUGAUAUCGAAGUUUUUACCACCCGCCCUGACACGCUCCAUGGCGUUCAGUAUAUUGCACUGUCGACCAGCCAUCCAGUGGUAAAGAAAAUGGCUGCCAACACCCCGGGGCUCCAGGAAUUUAUCAAUUCCACCGGUUCACUACCGCCCGAGACGAAGGCAGGAUUCAAACUGCCUGGAGUCAAGGCUAUCAACCCAAUUUAUAAUCUUGAAAGAAACCCUCAUUUACCAUCUUCGCUUCCGGUUUAUGUUGCACCUUACGUCCUCCCAGAUUACGGAGAGGGGGCGGUCAUGGGGGUCCCUGGACAUGACUCUCGUGAUUUCGGAUUUUGGAAAGAAAAUUCUCCUACGGAACCUAUUGUUUCCGUAGUUAUGCCAUUGAAAACAGGCCCAGACUCCAAUGAUAAUCACGGUGCCGACUCGGCGUUUUCAGGGCAUGGACAAACUACUGAUAUAUGCGGGUCUUAUAGCAAGAUGCCCUCAAAAACUGCUGGUGAAAAAAUAAUCAAUGAUCUAAAGGAUAAAGGAAGCCGUGCUAGAUUUGCCGAGAAUUGGAGGCUACGAGAUUGGCUUAUCAGUCGGCAGCGAUAUUGGGGUGCCCCUAUCCCGAUUAUUCAUUGUGACAGCUGCGGGGCCGUGCCGGUUCCUGCUAGUCAGUUACCAGUUGAACUUCCUGCUAUUCCUGGGUCUCAACUGAAAGACAAGACAGGAAAUCCUCUGGAGUCGGCAGACGAAUGGCUACACACUGAGUGUCCAAGCUGCAAGGGACCAGCUACGAGAGACACUGAUACCAUGGAUACAUUUGUGGACUCCUCGUGGUAUUUCCUAAGAUUCUUGGACCCGAAAAACAACGAUCUGCCGGUGUCGCCCUCGAAAUCUCGCCCCGUGGACAUAUACAUAGGAGGUAUAGAACAUGCUAUUCUCCACCUUCUUUAUUCUCGGUUCAUCUUCAAAUUUCUUGCUGCGGAAGGCAAGAUUGAAAAUGCUGCGGACCCCCCGGAACCAUUCCUCAAAUUAUUGUCUCAAGGCAUGGUUCAUGGCAAGACCUACUCAGAUCCUAAGACUGGUCGAUUUUUACGGCCAGGUGAAGUUGACCUUUCUGUUAAAGGCUCCCCAGUGCUCACUGGGACCCAAAUUCCCGCUAACAUAUCUUUUGAGAAGAUGUCAAAGAGUAAGUAUAACGGAGUAGACCCGAAUACUUGUAUUGAGAGUUAUGGAGCAGAUGCUACGCGUGCUCAUGUUCUCUUCUCUGCCCCUGUCAGCGAAGUGUUAGAGUGGGAUGAAACCAAGAUUGUGGGCAUUCAAAGAUGGUUCAGCCGCAUUUGGAAGGCCGUGGAGGAUACCGGCAAUUCGCUCAAAAGGGCAAACUUCUCAUCAGCCCCUGAUGCUCUUUCAUCUUUGAAUGACAUGGCCUUGCCACCGCUAGGCAAGCUCUCGGAAACUGAGAGCAACCUCCUUCUUAUGACAGACAACACAAUAUCAUCGGUGUCAUACUGCCUGGAGAAGAAUCAAUACGGCCUUAAUACAGUAAUAUCAGAUCUGAUAAAACUCACCAACGCAAUUGCAGCCGUGCCUUUACCCGAAGAAUCAUCGAAAACAUCUCCUUCAGCACAAUCUGUCACACCUUUACAUACAACCCUAUACAUCGCACUAAAUUCUCUGCUACGCAUGUUGGCGCCGAUUGCCCCAGCUUUCGCUUCAGAAUGUUGGGAAGUACUACACAUGCCUCUUUUUGAACGCGUUGACACUGUUCCAUGGGUCCUAUCUUCUCCAUGGCCGUCUGAAUUCUUGUCGGAAUCGGAUAUCAAGCAAAUUCGCUCUCGUGGAGCGAAGACGGUAGCAGUUCAGGUCAAUGGGAAACUCCGGUUCACUGCGUCUGUGCCACCCUUUUUGGCCAACAGUACCACCCCAGAGUCAAUCAGCAACGAACAAGAGCAGGAGUGGAUAUUAUCUCACGUUCUCCGGACUAAAGAGGGAAAGGUUUGGCUCCAGGAGAAAAAUAAUUGGGAUAAACGCAAACGAGUCGUCGUUGUGGGAAGUGGAAAGGUCAUUAAUGUUGUUUUCUAG